AUGAUCGCAACAAUGUCACCCUCUCUCCUCCUGCUCCAUCUACCGGACGAGGUACUCAUCACCAUCUUCAGUUUCCUAGAUUUUCGGAGUCUACGUAAUGCCACCGUUGUGUCCAAGCACUUUGACGACUUGGCCGAACCGUUUUUGUACCACACUAUCCAAAUCCUGAAUGGUCAGCAAGCCAUUUCCCUGGCCCGCAGUCUGUAUGCAAAUCCCCGUCGUGCUACAUGGGUUCGCAGCCUUCUCAUCUCGACCAAAUUCGGGGACGAUGAAGGCUUGAGCACAUUACCGCCAUUCAUAAGUCGAAUGCGCAACUUACAGGAUUUACGUCUCGAGACACCCGACUGCAAUGCCAAGUUCCCCGAAGAGAGAGUCGGCUGGGUCAACCUGCAGGACCGAUACGAACGCAUCUUUGAAAGUGCUUCGACCGUUGUCCCCAGGGGUGAUAGGGUUCUGCCAAGUUUGAGAAACUGCACGUUACAUUUUGUGGAUGGACAGAAAGAGAUCUACUCAAUGACCAAAUAUGCCAUGCUGUUCUUGCAUCCCAACUUGAGGUCGUUGACCAUGUCCUGUGCCAGCACCGAUUUCACGCAUAGGUUGCUGACACCUUUUCAAGACGAUACGACCCUCGUCAAAUCGACCAAUCUGGAACACCUGCACCUGGAAGAAUGCGACAUCUUUGAACCGUCUCUCAGCAUUCUACUGAGCUUCCCACGCGCCUUGAAAUCUCUGAAGGUCAGCGAAGGCGUUCGGUAUGACGGCAUCUUCAGUGCUAGAAGCAGUCGAAUGCACGGGAAUGUCUCUCCACGACCCUUCAUGGAGGCCAUAGCCGAGCAUUGCACCGAUUCGCUCGAACACCUGUCUCUUAGCCUUGGGUACUUGAGGCAAGGACCCCAAGGCAUCAAUCAUUCCAGCCAGCACUUGAGUCUCACUGCAUUUCAUGCGAUGAAACAGUUGGACCUCGAUGUUCGGACAGUCAACUUGGUUCGGAUCAGGGCUCCGUGCGAUCACGCUACGUGGCGCAGACUGCCCCCCAACCUGGAGACUCUGAAAAUCUUUUCCAUACCUUUGGGCGAGCGACCUCCGUUCCAAGCACGGCGACGUGUCUGGUUUCCCCUUGACACCUGUAUCGUGGCCGACAAAGCAAAGCAUGGACUGCGACUGCUCAAGAACCUCAUCUUCUCCUAUGAAUACUAUCGCGAGGAUGAUGAGAUACCAAGACUCAGCUUUUCGGACGAUGGCUCCAGCAUCGAAGAGAUAACCCAGGUUACCAUCGCACAUCGACGAAUGGUUGACAAGUGCACCGAGCUGCUUCCCAUAUACAGAAGAGCGGGCGUGAGACUGGAAAUCGAAAUGGCCGCUCUGCCCAAUGGCUUCAUCCCUCCAUAUCUGUUUCCAGAGGAUAAGCCGAAGUAUUUCAAGUUGUGGGAAUCAGCACCUAGCUGA